AUGAAUCCCGAGAACGCUUCGAACAAUUCAAGUUCUGCUGGCCCGGCGACUCCCACCAACAGCAGAAAGGAGCGGGGCGCGAUAGCAGCCCAGGCCUGUGAGUCCUGCAGGCAGCGCAAACAGAGAUGCAGCGAGGAACGGCCGAAGUGCGCUACUUGUCAGCUGGAAUGCAAAUAUCGAGAGCCCCAGCCGACCAAGAAAGACAAGACCCUUGUUGAGAUAUUGGAGAGACUCAAGAGCCUCGAAGGGGGGCUAAGGAAUCUCGAGGGGAAAGUCGAUAACCUCAACACUCGAGGCUCUUUUCCCCAAUCCAUAUAUGGCCCUACACUGCCCAAUCCUUCCGCCACGACGCUAGAUACCAGCCGGAUCAGUUCGUGGUCCCCUCAGAAUGUGCAUCUGCCGCCGCCGCCAAUCCCCCCAGCCUCUGCGCGAGACGUUCAGUACGUCUCCGCAACGUAUAAAACGCUAUCUUGGCCUUACGUGCAGCCGAUCCUCGAGAAUAAGGUCCCGAAUCUCGACCUAGCAUGUCUAGAGAAAGACGGAGUUGCCGUGUUGUUGGGCCUGCAGGGACGGACGAUGUCUCUGCCAAAGAGCAUGCAUGGCUCUCUGCAUAUCGGUGGCGAGGGGUCCUCUCUUCCCAUGCAGGUCCCUCACUCGAGUCAAGUGAUGCAGACGGGGGAGCUAAACUUGAACUGGGAAACGAUGCAGCGACUCGCUAAGUCGUACUUCGAUACGUUCAACUUGAUACAUCCGAUCAUGGAUCGGCAAUCGUUUGUGUCGGAAGUAUUGCCUUCCAUCGGGAAUAAUGGCUUCGAUGAGAGCAGUUCUUCCACAUUGGCCUGUCUGGUAUUCGCGCUCGGCGAAGUCGCUCUUAACGCUACACAGGGCGCCCCCCUCGGUACCCAUAAAGGUCGCCCUAGCGGUGUCAGGGGCGGAACUCUAGAGAGACCACCGGGCUUGCUGCUUUUUAACGAGGCCAGGAAGCGAAUGGGUUUCAAUUUAACCGAGUGCAGUCUGGAAAAUGUACAGAUGUUCGCAUUAGCAGCUAUAUACUACGGAACGUGUUGUCAUCAUCUGGAGUUCUGGCGCAUGACGAUAUCAGCCUCGCUAGCUUGCCAGGCGCUGCUGACCAGCAACCCGGAAGAGUUGACGACACACCGAGGCGAUUUGGGAUCCGGGCUGACCCUCGACAGAUAUUUAAACAUGGAGCUGAACCUGCCUCAGACUGGGCUCGACAAAUUAGAAGCCAUAGUUGGCUUGCCAGAUUUCAGCGGCCCGUACUCGGAGGAUGACUACAUCGGAAACCAGACAUCACAUUUCCAAGAGCACUUCGCCUCGCAAAUCGUGCUUCGGAGACUCUCUGUGGAGUUUCACACCACAUUGACUAAUGCUUUCGGCCCUACGAAUCUCGCAGCCGAAACGCCGGCCACGCCGGCCACGGUUAUGAUGAAGCAGAUGGCCGCCCAACUAGAUCAGUGGCGAGGCCUCUUACCUGCAUAUCUGCGUUGGGAAGAAGAACACCCCGGGGCCGUACCGAACCCGACCGAAGAGCUGUACGACGACCAAUCGAUGUAUCCGCCUCCCAUUCCCGAUCUCCACGCCAACUUCAUGUUCACGGCGGAUCUGGACAGCCCUCCCGUGAGCUAUCCUUACGCGCUAGAUAUACAGACGGCUAGCCUCCGGACCCGAUAUUACUACGUCAAGUAUCUCAUUUACCGACCAUUCAUCUUCAAGGCCCUUCACCGCCCGGAGCAGAUGACACGGGACGACGCGGACGGGGUUGUGGAAUGCCUUAAGGCUUGCUUGAAAUGGCCCAUCACCAUGUCGCCCACAUGCUUCCACAAGAGGUUAGUUCCGUGCUUGUUCUUCUGGUCGCAGAACCUCCUAGGCAUCCUCUUGAUUCUACAUCUGACGCGGCAGGUGCCGAUCCUGGUGCGGAUACGGACGAUGAUGGGAAGCAAAUUCGAACAAGACGCCAACGAGACGGCCAUCCUUUACACAGACUGGAUACGGGACCUGAAAGACGCUGAUCCGACUGCUCUGUGGUGCUGGGAGAUUCUGAAGGGCAUCUACUCGCUGGGGGAUGACACGUGA